UAUGCCGGACUAUCAUGGAGAUCCGAAGUAUCUUGGAGAAGGAGGAGGUAUUUUCUUGGGAAAUUGAUCACUUAGAAAAAUUCUGAUGCGGUGAAGUUGAAAAUUUUUGGAUAAUUUUUUUUGUUGGGGGAGGGGGGUGUGUGGCAACGGACCCAUUUUCCUUGGGAUUUGGGGGAAAUCAAUGAAUAGAGAAUGCUUUUUUAACAAAAUGAAAUGUAUAUUCGAAUUUCAAAGUAACAGUCACCCUUUGUUGUAUUCCCUUUCAACUUGUUACGUUCGUGUGGCUUUUUUCCUCAGUAUGAUUCAGUUAGGUUGAAAAUCUGGAAGGUCGACGUUUACUAGCCAAAUACUUUGUACGAUUAGGCUUUUGUUGGGUGUUUUUGUCGGCAAAAUAGACGCGAACGAGCGAAUAUCGAAAAUUAAUUACGGUAAUCGGCUUACAAGGAUGCGGCCGGUACGUUGUACGUAAUGCUUUACUUCUGCUGUGUUCGUGUAGGUACAAUGUGAAAAUUCGACGACAUUAUCGAGUAACAAAGUGGGAAUUUAAGCGUAGGACAGUGAUGGGAAAAGCUCAAGCUUGGGGACAAUACCGACGACGACGACAACGACGCACCAGCGACGAAAAGCUAUAGUCGAGGAGUCGUAGAAGAAGAACCGUACCUACCUACCUAUUACCUAGCGUAGUCGCAACGAGCUUUUUUGAAUUGGAACAGCGAAUGAGGGCGAAGCGGAGUGAAAAUUUCGUACCGUAAGCGCAAGCAGCGGGCGAGGUGCGGCGUGGUGGUCGCUCGCUCGGUGAAAAGCUCAAGCUCGUGUUCGUGUCAAGUUUGACUCUACCGUGUACACAGUGUACUGUGUAUCUGUAUAGGUUAUUCUGAUUUUAUUGUGUGGUAAUACUUACUACGACCGUGUGCAUGUGUGUGUGUUCGUCUCUAUAAUAAGCGAUGACUCAUCCGGUACGCCGUACGCCGCACGUUGCCCGCACCAUGCAUCGCCGUGCUACGCGCUAACGCAAAUACGAUUCUCGCGGCGCAGCAGAGCGCGAGGCGAGGCGACGCCGCGCCACGCCACGCCGCAUCGCAUCGCCGUCGUCGUUCGCAGUCGCAAGUGGCUAACUUUUUUUCACAUCGACAUCGGCGUCUUCUUGGAUUUUCUUUCUUUCGUUUGCUACCUAUUUGGGCGACUUGAACGCUUUUCCGAAGCUUUCCUAUAUGUAGUUAUCUAGUUUUUGAUGUAUGUGUACCUACCUAGUUAUCAGCUCUGGUUCGCGAAUCCGAAUGUAAUUAUUAUUUAUUACCGAUUACGUAAGGUGCCCGAGUUACGUUACGUCGCGCUGUGAUAUGUACGAUGUGAUUUCACCGCUCGAUAUACUUAUAUGUGUACUUGCAAAUGUAAUGGGAAUUUGUGUGCAAUGAGGCUUUCCAUCGUUGAGGAAAAUUUUGGCAGGUUGUCGCCGAUUGAAGGAGUCGUCGUGGAACGGUAGAAUGUCAGCAUUGGUGUACGACAUGGGCACAUCGGGAGUGGUUCGUUCGAGAGAUGGUCUUCGGCUAGCGUUGAACCGUAGUCUGAGCGAACCCGGUCCACCGGACGUGAUCAGCGCCGCCAUCUCAUCGCCGGGCACAUCUGCGGCAUCGGCCACAGCCGCACCGCCGAAACGUUGUAAAUUGGAAUCGGUCAGCUUGCCACCGAGCCCGUGCUCGGACAGCGCCACCCUUCAGAAAACGUUGAUAUUGAAGAAAGUUCGACAACUGGACGCGGAUUCGUUCAGGCAAAAGUUACUGGUCGCUCGGGACGGGCGAGCUUUCAAGCAAGCUCCGUUCUUGGUGAUCGAUUGUCGUUCGUUUAUCGCCUACAACAUCAAUCAUAUUCGCGGCUCGAUCAACGUCAAUUGCUCGGAUCGGUUUAAUCGACGCAGACUGCAUCAGGGUAAAGCGACUUUGGUCGAUUUGACCACCACCCGCGAAGGCAAAGAUAUGCUGAGGAAGAGAUGUUACCGCGAAGUCAUCGUUUACGACGAAGGCACCGCUGAUUUGGAAAGGCUUACUACUUCGCAUCCGCUUUUCUUGGUCUUCAUAUCGCUGAUCGAGGAUAAUCGCGAACCGGUGCUGCUUAUUGGCGGUCACAAAGAGUUCCAUCGAAGACACAAAGAACUGUGCGAAAACACGCUGUUACCGGCGCCGAACGACGCGACCAGCAUCGGCGGCUCGACAACCACCGGCUCAUCGUCGGUGUGCUGCGAUUCGUCGUCCGGCGACAGGAGUCAUUUGCCAGCCACCGAAGACAUCGCUGCUUCCAAAGACGAUCGACAUCAGACGGAUAUCGAUAGCCAUCCGGCCUCCAGAGUGUUGCCGUACUUAUAUUUAGGUAAUGCCAAAGACGCGGCUGAUUUGAGCCUGUUGCAAAGGCUCGGAAUCACCAGAGUAUUAAAUGUGACCUCGCAAAUACCCGGAUACCACGAACAGAGCGGCAUCACGUACAAGCAGCUGCCGGCCAACGAUUCCGGUCACCAGAAUCUGAAGCAGUACUUUGAACAAGCGUUUGAGUUUAUCGAAGAAGCUCGAAAAAGCAACAAUUCGGUGUUGGUGCAUUGUCAAGCGGGCAUUUCCAGAUCGCCUACGAUCGUGAUCGCGUACGUGAUGAAAUACCGUCAGCUGAGUAUGAUCGAAGCGUACAAACUGGUGAAAAGCACGCGUUCCAUAAUAUCGCCAAAUUUGAAUUUCAUGGGACAACUGCUCGAGUUGGAACAGGGUCUGGUAUCGUCCAAGAUCUUGGAUGACGGUGCUUGCAAUUCGUCCGGCGGUAGCGAUCGUUCGUCUAAAUGCUGUCGAUGGUCGGUUCAAACCAGCGACGACGUGUCGUCCGAAGUAUCCUCCAGUUGCAGCGUUUGAAGAUGCCCACAAGGCAGUCUGAUUUUCCUAUUCGCACGUUUUCAUUCAUUUAAUAAGCUAUAGUAUGUACUACCUUAUAAUACAACAAUGCAUGAGUACGAUUAUUUUGUGCGUGUACACGUAGGUUUGUUUACCCAUACCUACCUAGACCUACCUAUAUUAUCGUAUCAAAUUUUUGGUGUGCCCUGAACCCUAAUGUUUACACCUUUGGAGAUGAUUACGAUGUAUAUGUAUGUGUAUUUUGGGGUAUUAUGAAGAUGGUUUAUUAACCCGCCGCCCUCAACAUGGUGACAAUUGUCACAAACCGGUUUCUCCAUGCGUUCGCUCCGCAGGAACGAGUGAUAGGGUAGUAACGACUCCUGGUACAUAUGCGUGUAUGUUCUGCCGUUCAUUUGCCGUGUUCAGAAGGUUGCCUACUUUUUUAUUUUAAGGGGCAGAAAUUUUUGAACAAUUUUUGUACAGACCAGAAGCUCGAAAUUUUUUGCCCCUUAAAUUAAAAGGAUAGGCAAAUUGCUGUGCACAAGCAAGUUGGACAUGGACACACAAUUGUCAGUGAGGAGUCAAAAUGAUUCCACCUAACUUUAACUUGAAAAAAAUAAAAUAUCAGUAAAUGUGGAAAAUACGAUUUUUUUUCAAAAAUGUUUGCCCCUUAAAAUAAAAAAGUAGGCAAAAUGCCCAACAUGAGAAAUUAAUGGUGCAACCUUUACGCACCCCCUCUAGAUACCACAAUGCCAUACCAUAUUUUGUUCUGGCACAGGAAAAUUAAUUAGUCGAUGGCAUUUUUUCAUGUUGAGGGUGGCGGGUUAAGAAAUUCUCAAGUCAGUGUGUCUUGUGUUUGUAGUAUGAGUAUGUGUGAUGAUCAUGGUGGUGAUGUGAUGUGAACGAUGGUGUUCUCCUUUUUCGUGUUUCGCAUUCGCAUACAUAUUAUAUACUAUACAGCGUUACCAUUACCAUUAUGUAUAAUAAUUAAAGUUAAUGUGUUCCUAGUACCAUUAUCGUAAUUGAUUUUUUAUUGUGUACCUAUUGUGUAUGUUUUUUUUUCUUUUUUUCUUUCUGUCUUCUUUAUUUUUCUUCUCAUUCAUUUUUGCGGCCGCCUGUUUUCUCGUUCGUUCUACGAAUAGUUUUCUUCUUGGAUUUUUCAAAGUUGGUCGAUUGUUUUUCUUUUCGCGCAUUUAUUUGAUUUACAAGAUGAAGAAAAGAAGGGGAGGGACUUGCUUUGAAAAUCCAUUUGCAAAAGCUGAUCGAAAGUUGUUUUUUUUUUUUUUGGUAUUUUGUGUUUCUUUUUUUCAUUUUCUUUAUCACAAGACUGAUUAUAUAUUUUUUGACGCGCACAAAAAUAACGCGAAAAAAGAGAAUAGUUUUGCAGAUUUUGGUAAAUACAUAUUAUACGAGUAGUUGGAAGUGAUUUUCGACAGAAGGGGCUAUGUUUUUUUGAUUUUCAUUUCGCGAUUACAUAGUACAUUCCAGACAGAAGGAGAGAUAGAGAGAGAGAGGGAGAGUCGAACUAAAAGGGUCCGAAAACGCAGCUAGAUUUUUGUCGCGAUUGUUUGAGAACUUUCAUCUAGUCUUUUACUCUAUAUAAUAAAGCUGUCUGUAAUACGGCCAUAUGUGUCUCCGAUUGCUUCUCCGUGUUGUACGUUGUAUGAUUGUAGUAUUUUUGAUGACUCGACGCGACCAAUUUUUCACACAGUUUUGCUGGUGUAUUUGUGCGUGUGCGUGUGCGUGUGUGAUCUGGUGGUACUCGUACUGUGCACUCUUUGUGUUUGUGUGCGCUGUAGCACUCGACUUCACAUAUUUUUGUAGCCAUUGCUAGAGAUAUAGUUUGUACUACAUAUACUACUACCUAUUCCUAGACCUGUUAUAAUUAAUAUUGAGAUCGAUACAUUUAAUGACGACUCGUUUUUGUACGAUUGACGUUUUUUUUUUUCGAUUGAAAUCGGUGGUCGUGUCGUAGGCAAGUGUGUUACAUCGUUGACUGAAAUAUUGUAGUCCGCAUUUUAUUGCCGUUUAAUAUGUAAGAAUUUAAUUACUGUUUAAGAUGACGAUGUGUUUUGUUCUUUUCUCCUCUCUAAUUUUACGUUUAUAUAUCCGUGUAUGUGUGUGAAAUUUAUGUAGAUGUGUUUGGAAAUUGUCUCGAAAGAGCAUUGACGAGUCUUGUCUCUAUGUAGAGAGAUUUUUUUUUCAAUAGUUCAAAAAUGAUCUAAAAAAAAUAUUGGUACUUUUUUCUCAUUAUUUCCGAGUCAAUUUUUUUAUCAACCCAAAAUAUUAUAACGUAUGUGCCUUUGUGAACGUUUGAUGAUUUUAUGACUACAAAAUAUACGAAAAGACUCCUUAGAAAUUGGAUUUUUCAUUUUUACACGCAUACAUGGCCCAAGCAGACGUGUACGACUUAUACCCUAUAUUAUACUACAUUAUGACUAUAUAUUUUGUAUGUGUACCUAUUAUGUUUUCUUAUUAUUUGUUUGUUUAUCUUUGUGUUUGUAUUGUGUGUGUGGUGUGAUGGGCGAGCGUAAUUGAGCUGCGUGUGACGCGGCAGCAGCUUCAGUGCGCGGCCCGCGACAACAAUUUGUUUUCUUUUUUGGUAUAAUCUGCACUCGAUUAUGAUUGUUACUAUGUUUAGAAAAUAGUUUGUAAAUACGCGCAGAAGAGUCCAACGAUGAAAUAAAACUAUUUAUUUAAUGCGAA